AUGGAUGCCGAGGAUAUUCCCAAGACAGCAUUCAUCACCCCGAAGGGAACCUAUGCUUACAUCAAGAUGCCCUUCGGUCUGAAAAAUGCGGGGGCCACUUUUCAAAGGAUGGUGAACAAAGUUUUCGCCGAUCAGAUAGGCCGAAACAUGGAAUGCUACGUCGAUGAUAUGAUAGUAAAAUCCUUGUUUCGGGAUCAUGCCGAUGAUCUCAAAGAAUGCUUUGAGACCCUAAGACGGAACAACAUGAAGAUCAACCCCGCCAAGUGCACCUUCGAGGUUUGUAGUGGCAAGUUCCUAGGGUACAUGGUCAGUGCAAGGGGGAUCGAAGCAAAUCCUGAAAAGAUAAAGGCAGUGUUAGAAAUGGAAGCCCCGAAGACCAUUCGGGACAUUCAGAAGUUAACUGGCCGACUGGCAGCCCUCCGAAGGUUCAUCUCUCGGUCGGCAGAAAAGGCGCUCCCUUUUUUCGAAGUUCUGAAAGGAGCAAAAAAUUUUGAGUGGGGGCCGAACUGCAUAAAGGCCUUCGAAGAAAUAAAAGAAUAUCUGGUUAAAGCCCCCCUACUGCUGAGGCCCGAUCCGAAGGAGACCCUCCAGCUGUACUUGGCAGUAAGUGACCGAACCCUUGGUGCGGUCUUAGUGAAGGAACACGAGAAGAACCAACAUCCGGUCUUCUAUGUGUCUCAUAUGUUGAGGGACGCCGAAACCCGAUACCCGAAUGCCGAGAAGUUCGCAUAUGGGCUGGUCAUGGCCUCCCGAAAAUUGCGACACUAUUUCCAAGGGCGAACGAUACAAGUGGUCACCGACCAACCUUUGAAGAAGAUCUUCAGCCGACCGGAGGCUUCGGGCAGAGUCGUCGCCUGGUCUAUAGAAUUGGGGGAAUAUGACUUAGAAUAUGUUCCCCGAACAGCCAUAAAAGCCCAAGCCUUGGUUGACUUCAUGGUGGAGUGCAUUUUUUCGGGGCCGAAGGAUUUGGAGCCGAAAGAACAGCUCAUACGAAUUCCAGGAAAGUGGAAACUGUUUGUAGAUGGGUCGGUGGCCGGGUCAAAGUGUGGAGCCGGACUGAUCCUUUCCAGUCCCGAUGGAUUUGAGAUUUGUCAAGCCAUCCGAUUCACUUUCCCUUUGACCAACAAUGAGGCUGAAUACGAAGCCCUCCUGGCAGGAAUGGGUUUGGCAAAAAAUCUGGAAGUAAGGCAUUUGAGGGCUUUUAGUGACUCCAUGCUUGUCGUCAAACAUUUUUCCGGAGAAUAUGAACAGAAAGAGCCUCGAACGAAGGCUUACGCCGCCAAGGUACGGGAACAGACUCAGUUCUUUGAAACAUUUGAAUUAAGCGCCAUCGGUCGGGAGGACAAUGGCCGGGCCGAUGCUCUCUCUCGCUUGGCCUCGGCCGAAACACAAAAUUUGACGGGAUCAAUCUACUUGACGGAGGUAAAAGCGCCUUCGGUCGACAAGAAAGCUUGCCUGGAGAUUCAUCAAGGCAUAAAUUGGAUGACUCCCAUCAGAGCCUACUUGGAGAAGGGGUUCUUGCCUUUAGAGAAGAAGGAAGCUCAAAAGAUAAAGUACCGAGCAGCUAGCUACACACUGAUCGGGGGCCGACUCUUUAGACGAUCAGUCUCUCAGCCCCUGCUCCGAUGCUUGGAUCCGGAGGAACAGCUUCUAGCCCUGGAGACGGUUCAUGAAGGAAUCUGCGGCGAACACCUGGCCGGCAGAUCCCUAGCCCUAAAGAUACUCCGACAGGGUUUCUUCUGGCCGACCCUUAGGGAAGAUGCAGCCAACUAUUCAAAGAAAUGCCGGCAGUGUCAAAUCCAUAGCAAUGUUCCGAAGCAACCCCCAGAAGAAAUGACUUCGGUCCUCAGCCCAAUACCAUUUUCCAUGUGGGCCAUCGACAUAGUGGGAAUCCUACCGACCAGCACCAGGCAGGCCAAAUACUGCAUAGUGGCCAUUGACUACAUGACAAAGUGGGUCGAAGCCCGACCACUCUCAGUUAUCACCGAACAGGCCGCCAAGAAAUUCUUCCUGGAGCAAAUAAUCGUGAGGUUCGGCAUACCGAUGGUGUGUGUCUCCGACAAUGGCACUCAGUUUGUUGGGAGAAAGUUCAAAGAAUUCCUGGCCAGCUUCGGCAUUCAACAAAGGUUCAGCUCGGUCGGUCAUCCCCAAGGAAACGGGGCGAUCGAGGCAGCUAACAAGAUCAUCUUUCACGGAAUCAAGAAGCGCCUUGGAGAAGCUAAGGGACUGUGGGCCGAAGAGCUCCCUUGGGUCCUGUGGGCAUACCGAACCACUCCUCGCUCUUCGACAGGAGAAACGCCGUUUCGGCUAGCUUAUGGGACCGACUCACUUGUUCCAGUUGAGGUUGGCCUGGAAUCUUACCGAACCCAGGUCUUCAACCCCGAUACUAAUGAAUAUGGCCUCCGAGGCAACCUGGAUCUCCUAGAAGAAGAAAGAGAAGCCGCCCAUCAGAGGAAUGUCCGAUACCAACAGCAAGCAUCUCAGUAUUAUGAUUCGGGUAUCCGAAAGCGUUCCUUCAGAGUUGGGGACAUGGUUCUCCGGGAUCUGGCAACUUCUAUGCCAACAAAGCAAGGCAAGCUUAUGCCAAACUGGGAAGGACCUUACACUGUUGUCGAGAUCAUUCGGCCGGGAACCUACAAACUAGCAGCUUUGGAUGGAAGCCCCAUUAAGAAUACUUGGCAUGCUUCCCAACUCCGGAAAUACUAUCAGUAA